GUAAAUGGUGGUCUAAAUGCGGCAGAUGAACACGUUGUUCACAGUCUUAGCUGCGAAAAAUACGAUCCUAAGCAGAAAUUGGGCUAUCGGACUGUUAGUAAUGGUAACGGUAGUGAGAUAACAUUCAAGAAAAUGCAUUCGUCACAUAUUAUGGACUCCAUUCAGAUAGCAAUUCUACAUACUGUUUGUACGUCAGUACUCAAACCAAAAGAAGACCUGUUGAUGAACGAUUUUGGGAAUUUCGAAACCAUAUUAUUCCCACCGGAAGGUUCAUCGCUAACGCCUGCACACCAUUAUGAUAGGUUUAGAUUUAAGGACUAUGCUCCCACUGCAUUCAGAUACUUUCGUGGAAUAUUCGGUAUCCAACCGGAUGAUUUUGUGACGUCUUUGUGUUCAGCACCGUUGCGGGAAAUGUCGAUCAAUGCUAAAUCUGGUUCAUUAUUCUACUUAACCAUUGACAAUGAGUUCAUUAUUAAAACCGUACAACAAAAAGAGGCUGAAUUCUUACAAAAAAUAUUACCCGGAUACUACAUGAAUAUAAAUCAAAAUCCACGUACAUUCCUUCCCAAAUUCUUCGGCUUAUAUGAUUUUCAGUACAAUAUCAAAAAUUUCCGUAUAGUUGUAAUGAACAAUCUGUUGCCAUCAUCCGUAGAAAUACAUCAGAAAUACGAUCUGAAGGGUUCCAUAAUCAAACGAAAGCUCAAUGCAGAAGAACGUGCCAAAUCAUCGCCAACAUACAAAGAUUUAGAUUUUAUUGAACAACAUCCGAACGGUAUAUUCCUCGAAUCGGAUACGUACGAUGCAUUGGUGAAUGCGAUACAUCGUGAUUGUCGUGUACUGGAAUCAUUCGAAAUUUUUGACUACUCAUUGCUGGUUGGUGUACAUAAUUUAGAUUUAGCAAUUAGAGAAAAACAGGAAAAAACAAAUCGACCAUCGCACGUGAUGCCCGACCUAAGUACCAUUUCACAUAAGCAUCAUGAUCCGCUUGACAGACUUGGCGGAAUUCCAGCGCGCAAUGGAAAUGGCGAACGAUUACUACUAUUCAUCGGCAUAAUUGAUGUAUUACAAUCGUACCGUUUGAAGAGAAAACUAGAGCAUGCAUACAAAAGUAUUGCUCAUGAUGGGGAUACGGUUUCCGUGUGUCGACCAUCAUUCUACGCUCAGCGCUUUCAGGAUUUCAUGACCAAAACAGUUUUUAAGAAAAUGCCAUCGGAUAAUUUGGGUAACGUCCCCCAAAUCAAUAGCUCAGCAAAUAAAAAGCUCAUCAAAAAGGGAGCCAAAAUUGAUUCGACAAAAAAACUCAAGCAGCAACUUCUUCGUUCUUUGGCUAUAAAUGGUUAUGCGGAUGUUGCUGAAAAGCUCAUCAGCAAUGGACUCAAAAUUGAACCUGCAGACAAUCAUGUCUCUUCUCAUUUAGCUACUGAGAAUGGUCACGAAGAGCUGGCCAAAGAUCUCAAAAGUUCAAUUUAA